UUCGCCUCGUGAAGAAGCAAAAAUCGCGUGUGAAAAAAAAUAUUAGAAAAUUUUUUUAAUUUUUUAAAUUUUUUUUUUAGUGAACAGUUAACAAAAAAAUGGCUAAAGCUCCAGCUGUCGGUAUCGAUUUGGGCACCACAUACUCCUGCGUGGGCGUUUUCCAACAUGGCAAAGUUGAGAUCAUCGCCAACGAUCAGGGCAAUCGCACAACGCCCUCUUACGUCGCUUUCACGGACUCGGAACGCUUGAUUGGUGAUGCCGCCAAAAAUCAAGUCGCCAUGAAUCCGAGCAAUACAAUUUUCGAUGCCAAACGUCUCAUUGGUCGCAAGUUCAACGAUCCAACAGUUCAAGCUGACAAGAAGUUGUGGCCUUUUGAGGUUAUUGACGACAAUACAAAGCCAAAGAUCCAGGUUGAGUACAAGGGUGAGAAGAAAAAUUUCUUCCCCGAGGAGAUCUCAAGUAUGGUCUUGACAAAGAUGAAGGAAACAGCGGAAGCUUAUCUGGGCAAAACUGUAACUGAUGCAGUUGUAACUGUGCCAGCUUACUUCAACGAUAGCCAACGUCAAGCUACGAAAGAUGCUGGCGUCAUUGCUGGUUUGAACGUUUUGCGAAUCAUCAAUGAACCAACAGCGGCUGCGAUCGCUUAUGGUUUAGACAAGAAGGCAACUGGCGAACGUAAUGUUUUGAUCUUUGAUUUGGGCGGCGGUACCUUUGACGUUAGCAUCUUGACCAUUGAAGAUGGCAUCUUUGAGGUUAAGUCAACUGCUGGCGAUACGCAUUUGGGCGGCGAAGAUUUCGAUAAUCGCAUGGUCAACCAUUUCGUUGACGAGUUCAAGCGGAAGCAUAAGAAAGACAUCACAGCCAACAAAAGAGCUGUUCGUCGUUUGAGAACUGCUUGUGAACGCGCAAAGAGAACCUUGUCAGCUUCAACUCAAGCCAGCAUUGAAAUUGAUUCGUUGUUUGAAGGCAUUGACUUUUACACUUCCAUCACUCGUGCUCGCUUCGAAGAAUUGAAUGCUGAUCUCUUCCGCGGCACAAUGGAUCCCGUUGCCAAAUCCCUGCGUGAUGCCAAGAUGGAUAAGAGUCAAAUCAACGAUAUCGUUCUCGUUGGCGGAAGUACUCGAAUCCCUAAAGUUCAAAAGUUACUUCAAGACUUCUUCAACGGAAAAGAACUCAACAAAUCCAUCAACCCAGAUGAAGCUGUUGCCUAUGGCGCUGCUGUUCAAGCCGCCAUCUUGCACGGUGACAAAUCCGAAGAAGUUCAAGAUCUCCUCUUACUCGAUGUCACGCCCCUAUCGUUGGGUAUUGAAACUGCCGGCGGCGUCAUGACAGUUUUGAUCAAACGUAACACGACAAUUCCCACGAAGCAAACCCAAACCUUCACAACUUAUUCGGACAACCAACCUGGGGUCUUGAUUCAAGUCUUUGAAGGUGAACGUGCCAUGACUAAAGACAACAAUCUUCUUGGCAAAUUCGAGCUUUCGGGAAUUCCUCCGGCGCCACGUGGCGUUCCCCAGAUUGAGGUUACGUUCGAUAUCGAUGCUAAUGGCAUCAUGAACGUCUCAGCUAUGGAGAAAUCAACUAACAAGGAGAACCGUAUCACAAUCACGAACGAUAAGGGUCGCUUGAGCAAGGAAGAUAUCGAAAAGAUGGUCAAUGAAGCUGAAAAGUUCAAAGCUGAAGAUGAUAAAACUAAAGAGAAGAUCACAGCAAAGAACGCGUUGGAAUCUUAUUGCUUCAGCAUGAAACAAACCAUGGAAGAUCAAAGUUUGAAAGAUAAGAUCCCGGAAGCUGAUAAGAAAGUUAUUCUUGAUAAGUGUAACGAUACGAUCGCGUGGUUGGAUGGAAAUCAAACAGCGGAAAAGGAAGAAUUUGAACAUAAGCAAAAGGAAUUGGAACAAGUUUGUAAUCCGAUCAUUACGAAGUUGUAUCAAGGCGGUGCCGGAGGUAUGCCCGGCGCAGGAGGCAUGCCAGGUGCAGGAGCUGCUCCCGGAGGACAAGGACCAACCAUUGAAGAAGUUGAUUAAACUCAGAAAUGCAGAAAAAAAUCUCAGUCAACAAAUUUGGAUCGAUAAAUUAAUUCUUUUUGGUUAAUUUUGAAAUAAAAAAAAAGAAUAUUUUGGACCAAAUCUACAAA